GCUGCCCACGCACCAUGACGCCCCGGCUGCUCCCUGCGCUGCUGCUGCUCCUGGCCCGACCCCCCGCAGCGCAGCCCGCGCCCCCGACCUGCUACUCCAGGAUGCUGAGCCUCAGCCGGGAGGUCACCGCUGACUUCCAGCGCCUGCUGGCCCUGGAGCCCUGGGAGGCGUGUGUGAGCUACCUCCCGGGACUGUACCUGGAUAUCCACAACUACUGCGUGCUGGCCAAGCUGCGGGACUUUGUCGCGUCGCCCCAGUGCUGGAAGAUGGCCCCGGUGGAGGCCCUGAAGGACAAGGUGCGGAAGCUCUACACCAUCAUGAACUCCUUCUGCCGGCGAGAUCUGGUGUUCCUCUCCGAUGACUGCAAUGCCUUGGAGUACCCAGUCCCAGUGACCACAGCCCUGCCGGACCCUCAGAGAUAGGAAGACCCAGAGAGAGAGCCCACGGGGACCACAGUUACGUCAGCUGCCAACGCCGUGCCCCCACCAGGUCCCCCUGUCACUCUCGUGUCAGAACUGUCACGUCUCUCCACCUGCAGAAAGCAGGCAUGCCCUCCUCUCCCAGGCCUCCCUUGAAGACACUUAGAAGUCUUGCUUUCAUUCCCGUCUGGUUCUGUCUUGCCAGGAGGGUCAGGUACACAAGGAUGUGUCCCUGAUCCCGGAGAAGGAAAGGGCAAACCCGCUUCUCUUGUGUGAGCGUUUGAUCGAGAGCAAGCAAAACAGCACGUUUGUGUUACUGCUUUCACAUAGUGCUGGUGACGUUUUUCCUUCUUGAUAGGUAUCCGCUUACAUGUAGCCCCCCUUCUGUCUCAUGCCCUCGCCCACUGUCCGCUUUCAUUUUUAAAGAAAUUUCACUGCCAAAUAAAGUGUAUCUGCAAGGGUCAUAA